GCAGAAAAGGCAAGCCUCCACAGCCAUUCACACACUUCCCUUCUCAGCGAUGGGUACGCAGACAGCCGAGCUCCUGGACUAAGUCUCUGAAUGUGUAUCUGACACCUCCCUUUGCUGAGCUCCGGGGGCUCACAGUGACCUCCUGUUAAUCAACCUUGGUGGGGCCCAAAUCCCCACUUUCUGGAAAACUCAAGGAGCCUGACAUCUGCCUGUGAGGAGCUUUUAGAAAGACCUCACAAGCGCUCACCCACUCUCUCUUGGCAGCAAACUGCCAAACCAAGUCCAUUUCCUCAAAAGAUGGUGGAGGACUUAGCAGCCUCCUAUAUUGCUCUGAAAUUGGAGAAUGAAAUUCUGCAGGCUCAAGUGCAGCGGCUGAUGGAGGAAAAUGCUGCCUUGCAGUCCCAGAUCCCAGAGCUCCAGAAGCCCCAAGCAGCCAAAGAGGAUGAACCACUCCAGAAGCCCUCAGAGGCCCAGGAGACCCAGAGACCCCCAGAGACCCUGGAUUUCCCAGCAGCCUUGGGACCCCAAGAGCCCCCAGAGGUCAAGGAGCCCCAGAAGCCCAGAGAGACUCAGGACCUCCCAUCCUGGGAGCCCUCAGCAGCCCAGGAGCCCCAAAAAUCCUUGGAGCCCCCAGCAGAUCCAGAGUCCCUGGAGUCCCCAGCAACCCAGGAUCCCCAGGCACCUCCAAUGGUCCACGAGCUCACAGGAGCCUGGAUAUCCCAUAAGCCCUCAGAGGCCAAGGAGCCUCAGAAGCUCCCAAUGGCCCAGGAGGUCCAGAAGCCCGCAGAAUUCAAGGAGGUUCAGGAGCCCCCAGAUACCCAGGAUGCCCCAGCAGGCCAGGGGACCCAGAAUUCAGAGCUCCAGGAUCCCCCAAAUGCCCAGGAGCUCCAGGAGGCACCAAAAUGCCAGGACACCUCAACACACCUGGAGUCCCUUGAGUUUCUUGCCCCCCAGGAGCUCCAGGAUCCUUCAGAUGCCCAGGAGUUCCUAGGACUCUUAACACCCAAGGAGUCCCUGGACGGCCUAACAGCUGCUGAAACAUCAGCAGCUUCAGAGUUUCCACAGUCUUCCAAUGGGUUAGAGGCUGAAGUUUUCCCUCUAGAAUACCCUUUAGCCUUCAAUGGGGAUGCCCAGAAGCUUCCUGAGUUUCUGGUUCAAUUGAAUAGUUACAUGAGAGUCAGAGGGCACCUGUAUCCCACCGAAGCAGCUCUGGUAAGCUUUGUUGGCAACCGCUUCUCAGGUGAAGCAGGAAAGUGGUUCCAGCCCUUAGUAGAUAUCCAAAGCCCCUUGCUGGAGCAAUUUGAAAGUUUCAUACAAGUGCUCCAGGAUACCUUUGACAAUCCAGAAAACAUGGAAGAUGCCAACCACCGCAUCCGUAAGCUCUGCCAAGGGGAGGACCAUGUCCACCAGUAUGCGACCCACUUCCACAUCAUUGCUCAAGAGCUAAACUGGGAUGAAAGCACCCUCUGCAUCCAAUUUCAGGAAGGGCUUGCCAGUUCUAUCCGAGAUGAACUGUCUCGCACAAACCCAGCCACCAACCUAUCUGAUCUGAUCACCCAAUGCAUCACCCUAGAAGAGAAGUUAAGUGGUAAGCCUGAUCUAAGUCCACAAGAGGCAAGUCCCUCUCAGGAGAAAGCUGGGUUUGAUAGUCCACCAGAUGAAAACCAGCCUGUGCAGGCUUCAAGCAAUCGCCCACACCUCAGUGAAGCCGAACGAGCCCGCCGCCGUGAAGGCCACUUGUGCCUCUACUGUGGUUAUCCCGGUCAUUUCGCCAGAGAUUGCCCUGUCAAGCCUCAUCGUGCCCAGCAGGCGGGAAACAUCGAGGCCCGGCGGUAAGGGGGAACCCGG